AUAAAAACAUCUAGUGCGCAGAAAGUCAAUAUCUCAACAAAAAACGUUAAAAAUAAAUAACGUAUUGGUGAAGAAAAAGAAAAAAUAAUACGCGGCCAAAAUGUAUUGUAAAAAAAAUUUUUUUAAUAUUUCCACAUAUAUAUACUAUUAUUUAAUACUAUUUGUGUCAUUGUCUUACGUAUUUUGCAAUGACUCGUUUGAAAAAGAAAUUCGCGUUAAACGCAAUGCGAUAUCUUAUAGCGAUGAUAUAAAUUUUUAUUUAUUCACGCAAAAUAAUACUUGGGAUCCACAAAAACUAAUAAUUGAUAAAAAUUACAAUAAUUUCAACGAAACGAAUCUGAAUCCCAGUAAUCCAACGAAAAUAAUAGUGCACGGUUUCAAUUCGGGAAUGGAUCUAAAUGUUCUUGUUGAUAUAAAAGAUAAUUAUUUGUUGAAAAGUGACUUAAAUGUAAUCGCAGUUGAUUGGGAAAAUCUUUCUGGAGGUUCAUAUUUAACAGCGAUAGCAAAUUCGCGAAUUGUCGGGGUUUAUUUGGCGAGGAUGAUUGUCCACUUGCAGAUGCAGGGUUUCAAAGACAUCCACGCGAUUGGGUUCAGUUUGGGAGCCCAUGUGCCAGCAGUAGCUGCCAAUUACUUGGGCAAAUAUAAAAUUUCGAGGAUUACGGGAUUGGAUCCAGCAGGGCCGUUUUUUACAUUCGUGGGAUCGGAUGCGGUAUUGGAUCCUGAAGACGCCGAAUUUGUGGACGUCUUCCAUACCAACGCUAAGGUCCAAGGGAUGUAUCGUAGGAGUGGACACGUCGAUUUCUACUUUAAUCAAGGGACGAGCCAACCCGGAUGUAAAGAUAUGGACUUUAACUGCUAUCAUAGCAGAGCCGCGACUUAUUUCGCGGAAUCUAUAAUUUCGACCGAAGGUUUUUGGGGCCGCCCAUGCAAUCUGGAAGACCUAAGCAGCUACAAAUCCGGAAAAUGUUCAUCUAGCUAUCCAAUGAUUCUUGCCGGGGAAUAUGUUGAUAAAAAUUCAACUGGUUCUUAUAGUGUUGUUACUAAUUCUCAAAGUCCUUUUGCAAAAGGACGUUACUGAUCAUAUGAAAAUUUUAUUGUAUUAUAUAUAUAAUAUUACAUGUAAAAAUCUAUUAGCUAAUAAUUUAAUAUUCAAAAUAAAAAG